AUGGAGCUCGGAGGAAAAUGCAAUGCAGUUACAUCCACAACAAUGAUCUCAACCAAAACCAUAGAAGUAAAACCACAUACCAGCCCGGAUCCGGAAGCCAAACCCGGUUCAGAUCCGAUCUCCAAAUCUACCACCGUCUUCAAGAAAGAAAACGGAAAACCAAGGACACGUGGCGACCAAGCAGAGAAGUACAAGGAAUGCCAGAAGAACCACGCGGCCUUAACCGGAGGACACGUGGUGGACGGAUGCUGCGAGUUCAUGCCCGGCGGAGAAGAAGGUACGCUCGGAGCGCUAAAAUGCGCGGCAUGUAACUGCCACCGGAGCUUCCACAGGAAAGAAGCGUACGGUCAUAGAAACAGCACGCAAGAGAUGAUAACUCCGGCGUUCUACUGCAGUAGCAGCUCGUACAAGGGGAUGCAGCCACGUGGAGUUUAUCCAACGAAUGAGAUUGGAAGGAGGACUUCUUCGUCGAGCGAGGAUAUGAAGAAGGUUUUGAGUCACCGGAGCAGCCAGAAUAUUAACGGAAACGGGUUGAUGAUGACGAUGAUGAUGAGGAAGAAGAAGAGGGUGAGGACAAAGAUUGAUGAAGAGCAGAAGGAGAAGAUGAAGGAGUUUGCAGAGAGAUUAGGGUGGAGGAUACAGAAGAAAGAUGAAGAAGAGAUUGAUAAGUUUUGUAGGACGGUGAAUCUGAGGAGACAGGUUUUCAAAGUGUGGAUGCAUAAUAACAAACAAGCAAUGAAGAGGAGGAAUAAUAGUAACACUAGUGAUCUUCAAGAGUGA